CGCGCACUGCCUGCCGGGAAUUGUAGUUUCAGUGCGGCGGGCCCUGCAAGUCCGGUGGCUGCGCUCGGGUUCCGCGGAGCCCAAGGGCCGAGGCGGAAGUGGGUCGGCCACCCGGGGGGCCGAGGGCGCGAGGUCGGCGGUCGCGGGGCGCCAACGAGGGGCGUGGGACUCAGGAAGGGCGCGUGCGCGGCCAUAGGCCCCGGGGGAGGCCAGGCCAGGGGUCCGGUGGUCCGAGUAUCCAGCCUGGAAGAUGCACAAGAGGAAGGGACCCCCGGGACCCCCGGGCCGAGGAGCCGCCACCGCCCGCCAGCUGGGCCUGCUAGUUGACCUCUCCCCAGAUGGCCUGAUGAUCCCUGAGGACGGAGUUAACGAUCAGGAACUGGAGGCUGAGUUCUUGGCUUUGGUGGGGGGCCGGCCCCAAGCCCUGGAGAAGCUUAAAGGCAAAGGUCCCCUGCCCAUGGAGGCCAUUGAGAAGAUGGCCAGCUUGUGCAUGAGAGACCCGGACAAGGAGGAGGAGGAGGGGACGGACGAGGAGGAUGUGGAGGCUGAUGAUGACCUGCUGGCGGAACUGAAUGAGGUCCUUGGGGAGGAGCAGAAGACUUUGGAGUCCCACCCUCCUGUGGCCCAGCCAAAGGCCACAACCCCCAGCCCAGGGUUGGAGGCCACCUUGCAGGAGAGGCUGGCCCUCUACCAGACAGCGAUCGAAAGCGCCAGGCAAGCCGGAGAUGGUGCCAAGAUGCGGCGCUACGACCGGGGGCUUAAGACCCUUGAAAACCUGCUGGCCUCCGUCCAGAAGGGGAAAGCCAUCGAUGAAGGGGACAUCCCGCCGCCUGUGGCUGUGGGGAAGGGCCCAGUGGCUACGCCCAGCCACACCCCAGCACCCAGUCAGCCGGUCCCUACGAACCCACCAGCCCCAGAUUCCCGGGUCAUCGUGGAGGGUCCUCCUUCAACUGCCCCAGCCUCGUCGCUGGUCUCCGCUAAGCCCCAGCUGCCCUCAGGUCCCUGCAGCCCUGGCCCCCUGGCCCAGUUGCAGAGCCGCCAGCGCGAGUACAAGCUGGCCGCCCUCCGCGCCAAGCAGCAGGGAGAUACCGCCACUGCUGCAAGACACUUCCGCGUGGCCAAGAGCUUUGAUGCUGUCUUGGAGGCCCUGAGCCGGGGCGAGCCUGUGGACCUGUCGCGCCUGCCCCCUCCACCUGACCAGCUGCCCCCAGACCCACCAUCACUGCCACCACAGCCUCCAACUCCUGCCGUCGUGCCCUCCAUGCCAGAGGUUCCUGCACCCCCAAGGACUCUCCUGGAGGCGCUGGAGCAGCGGAUGGAGAGGUACUGUGUGGCCGCGGCUCAGGCGAAGACCAAGGGGGACCAGCGGAAGGCUCGCAUGCACGAGCGCAUUGUUAAGCAAUACCAAGAUGCCAUCCGAGCCCACAAGGCUGGCCGAGCCGUGGAUGUGGCCGAGCUGCCUGUGCCCCCAGGCUUUCCCCCGAUCCAGGGCCUGGAGGCCACCGAGCCCACCCAACAGAGCCUGGUGGGAGUCCUAGAGACUGCCAUGAAGCUGGCCAACCAGGAUGAAGGCCCAGAGGACGAAGAGGAUGAGGAGCCUAAGAAGCAGCUCAACAGCCCUGCAGCCCCCACAGCCCAGCCCAAAGCCCCACCUUCAAAGGCACCCCAGUCAGGAUCUGCCCCAGCAGCCAAAGCAGCCCCCAAAGGCACAUCCACCAGAGCCCAGCAGCAGCUGGCCUUCCUGGAGGGCCGCAGGAAGCAGCUCCUGCAGGCGGCGCUGCGAGCCAAGCAGAAGAAUGACAUGGAGGGCGCCAAGAUGCACCUGCGCCAGGCCAAGGGGCUGGAGCCCAUGCUGGAGGCCUCACGCAACGGGCUGCCCGUGGACAUCGUCAAGGUGCCGCCCGCCCCUGUCAACAAGGACGACUUCGCCCUGGUCCAGCGGCCCGGCCCAGGUCUGUCUCAGGAGUCUGUCCGGCGCUACGGUGAACUCACCAAGCUCAUAAGGCAGCAGCACGAGAUGUGCCUGAACCACUCUAACCAGUUCACCCACCUGGGCAACAUCGCUGAAACCAGCAAAUUUGAGAAGCUGGCGGAGGACUGUAAGCGGAGCAUGGAGACCCUGAAGCAGGCCUUUGCCCGGGGUCUCCCCACGCCCACUGCUCGCUUUGAGCAGAGAACCUUCAGCGUCAUCAAGAUCUUCCCUGACCUCAGCAGCAACGACAUGCUCCUGUUCAUCGUGAAGGGCAUCAACUUGCCCACACCCCCAGGGCUGUCCCCCGGUGACCUGGAUGUCUUUGUUCGGUUCGACUUCCCCUAUCCCAAUGUGGAAGAAGCUCAGAAAGACAAGACCAGUGUGAUCAAGAAUACAGACUCCCCUGAGUUCAAGGAGCAGUUCAAACUCUGCAUCAACCGCGGCCACCGUGGCUUCCGAAGGGCCAUCCAGACCAAAGGCAUCAAGUUCGAAGUGGUCCACAAGGGGGGGCUGUUCAAGACCGACCGGGUCCUGGGCACAGCCCAGCUGAAGCUGGACGCCUUGGAGACAGCAUGCGAGGUCCGGGAAAUCCUUGAGGUCCUGGAUGGUCGCAGGCCCACAGGGGGGCGGCUGGAGGUGAUGGUUCGGAUUCGGGAGCCACUGACGGCCCAGCAGUUGGAGAUGACAACUGAGAGGUGGCUGGUCAUCGACCCCGUGCCAGCAGCUGUGCCCACACAGGUUGCUGGGCCCAAAGGGAAAGCCCCUCCCGUGCCUGCUCCUGUGAGGGAGCCAGGGAACAGAUCAGCCCGGCCCCUGCAUAGUCUCAGCGUGCUGGCCUUCGACCAAGAGCGUCUGGAGCGGAAGAUCCUGGCCUUCAGGCAGGCACGGCGGCCGGUGCCCCCCGAGGUGGCCCAGCAGUACCAGGACAUCAUACAGCGCAGCCAGUGGCAGAGGGCACAGCUGGAGCAGGGGGGCCCCGGCAUCCGGCGGGAGUACAUGGCCCACUUGGAGCGGCAACUGCAGUUCUACACAGAGGCCGCCCGGCGCCUGGGCAAUGAUGGCAGCAGGGAGGCUGCCAAGGAGGCACUGUAUAGACGGAACCUGGUCGAGAGUGAGCUGCAGCGGCUCCGCAGGUGAGGGGCCGAAGGGGCGGGCGGCCCCUGGAGAGCCGGGAGUGGGCCCAAGGCCCCGGCGCUGGGAGGAGCUAACACGGCCACAGCCUCAGACCAGACAAGCAGACAAUCAGUGGACAAUCGGCUCUGGACGGACACGUUCCCCCGGCUGGGCCCACCUGGCCCGACUGGAGCCUCCCUGGCAGGGGACGUUGGGGGCGGUGUCCGCCAGCCUGUGUGUGCCCCUCACCUAGGCCUGGCCGGGUGGGCCCCAGAGAGUCCGUUUGCACAGCCCAGGGGUGUGCGGCCCCUUGCCUGCCUCCGAGGUGGGAGGGCGGCUAGGACCAAACCUCAAGGGCCCCUGCAAGCACUUUAGUUCCAGCCCCUCCCCAGCCUUAACCCUGACGCCCACCCACACCCCAAAGAAGCCACUGAGGCCAGCCAGAGCCCAGCUGGCUCCCCAGAGGGUUGCCCUGGCCCAGCUGGGCCCGCAGGGCUGACACACGGAAUAAACAGCCAGGGCCGUACCUGGCUCACUCUG